UCUUCAUCUUAACCUUUAUGCUUGAAUUGAAAACUGUUGACUGGAAAUCAGCCCUGCAGCACUUCUUUCACGUUAAAAAAAAGAUCUUUGUUUUGUAACCACAUGUUACAAACCUUUCUAAAUUAGAAACAGCGGGAGAAUGCAAAACAAAACUGAGGAAAUCAUUCAGUUGCUCAUCAAAUGGCUCAUUGUGAAAACAGCAAAAGAAGACAUAAAGCCUCACUGUGUUGCUGCAACAUUAUUGACACAAAGACAUAACCGACAGUUUCUUCUUCCAGGGACAACUGAGAGCAAACAAGAUGCCUCUGCUGAUGCCUCACCCUUAACUGUCUGACUCUAACUAGUCCUGGCACCUCCCAUCUGUGCCCCCUUUGCAAAACCUUUUUGAAGUCUUGAAGAAGUUGUUUAACUUCCUCACAGCUUUUGAAAGGACAGUAAUGGUGGUUAACGUUCUUGUAACUGACAUAUAAUAGUCCACUUUGGUUAGAAUUUAAGUGAAGUGAUAUAUUGGUACAGUCUUUCAAUCAGUGAAAUCAACGCGCCAAAUGUGUUCCAUAAUGGGCACCCCAGCUGUGCAUAUGUUGGUGCUAAUGGCCUGUAUGGCAGCCAGAGGAAUGUGCCAGAUAAACAGAGCUGAAGUAGAGGAGGACUCUCUCGUCCACUCCACCCUCCAGUCUCCGGGUUUCUACAGCACCAUUGAUCCCAGUACGGAGCCUGGCCUCCACCUGGGGUUCCCAGGGCCUGAUGCACAAGCCGUGGGAUCUGCAAAUGAAACUGUCGUAAAGAGGCCAGUACCACCUCCAAUGUGCAGUGUAGCUACCUCUAUUAAGGACUAUUUUAAGUACAUCAACACCAUAAUUUCGAUUCAUGUGUUUGUGGUCGGCCUGGUCGGUAACGCCACCCUGCUGAGGAUUAUAUACCAGCACAAGUGCAUGAGGAACGGGCCAAAUGCCCUCAUUGCCAGUCUGGCACUGGGAGACCUUAUCUACAUAAUCAUUGAUAUACCCAUCAAUGUAUACAAGCUCCUGGCGUCACGCUGGCCUUUUGAUGACAGUCUUGUUGGCCUGUGUCUGUGUAAGAUGGUGCCCUUCCUGCAGAAAGCCUCUGUGGGCAUCACUGUUCUCAACCUGUGCGCCCUCAGCGUGGACAGGUACAGAGCUGUGGCAUCCUGGAGCAGAGUUCAGGGAGUGGGCAUCCCUCUGCUUACAGUCAUUGAGAUUGUGUCUAUUUGGGUGCUGUCACUCUUCCUGGCAGUACCAGAGGCUAUCGGCUUCGACAUGGUCAGAUUCAACUACAGGAACGAAACCAUGCGGACCUGCAUGCUUAACCCCAAGAGUGGCUUCAUGAUGUUCUAUAAGGAUGCAAAGGACUGGUGGCUGUUUGGCUUCUACUUUUGUGUACCACUGGCCUGCACAGCUGUGUUCUACACUCUGAUGACCUGCGAGAUGCUCAACCACAGGAAGGGCAGCCUUCGGAUAGCCCUCAGUGAGCACCUUAAACAGAGGAGGGAGGUGGCCAAAGCUGUCUUCUGCCUCGUUCUCAUCUUUGCCCUCUGCUGGUUCCCACUGCACCUCAGCAGGAUCCUUAAGAAGAUGGUUUACUACCAGAAUGAUACGAUGCGCUGUGAGCUGCUCAAUUUCCUCUUGGUGCUGGAUUAUCUUAGUAUCAACCUUGCAACAAUCAACUCCUGCAUAAACCCCAUUAUCCUCUACUUUGUCAGCAAGAAGUUUAAAAACUGCUUCAAGUCGUGUUUGUGCUGCUGGUGUUACUCUGACAACCAGCUGAGCAGCAUUGGACCCAUGAAUGGUACCAGUAUACAGUGUAAAAGCCCUGAGCCCAACAACCUCCUCACUGAUCGCAGCAUCAGGAAAGACAGCGACUGAUCACUCACCUGAGGAAUAUUUUCAAGCUCUCCCAUACACCCAGCAGCUUUUAAAAUGCAACCAAUGCUCACCCUAAAAUAUAUACAUCAAAAAGUACUUUUUCAGACAAUAAAUGCACAUCCUUAGGACCACUGAAGCAACAUAUGAACCCGGCAGGGAAGGAUUAGGAACUGGAGUUAAAAGAAACAAACAAUGGAUUUAGUGUACAAUGCUCUGAAGUUGUCCGAGCCUCUCAGCAGGCAAAACUUCCUAAAACAAACUCCUUGUAUUCCCACACCCACGGACAGUGACGCUGUAGCGUGAGACAAGAAGGGGCAGAGUGGGUGAGUAGGAGGGGGACUCUUUAACAGGAUGCAGCUGAACCUUGACUAUUACUUACACACAAUCAGUAGCCAAGUAUGCUAUUCCUGUAAAGGGCAAUACUACUGGGAAGGAUGCACAAAGCUACAGGAAGGAAAAAGCAGACUGCUCGCCGUCAGAGGGAAUGAUGGGAGACGAGUAUGUGCUGUCCCCAGGAGUUCACUACUCAUUGACUUUGGAAAACAGGAAAGCAUGUUACUGACUCGAGCAACAAUUCAUUUUCCAUUAAACAUGCGAGCGGUUGUACAAUGUUUUACACACACUAAUUAUACAUUGAGCUACUUUGUGGUAUAAUUAGAAGAAUGCUUUGAAGUGCAUUUGCUUCAUGUUUGAUUCCUACUGCCUGGCCAAAAAUGUUUUCUGAUUCAGAAAAGAGGGAAAAUUUCUCUGAACAAAAAGAUGCAUCCAUACAUCAACAAAAAGACAAUUUCUGCUUAAUGUAAUCAUGAUCCACAGACCUCCAAACUUCUGGUUAGUAAUUCAAAAUUGAAAGCUUUCACAAAAGUAUCACGUCCGGUGUCAGAAUAAGCCAAAAUACACUGGCACAAAAUCAAGUACAGGGUUGUAGGUUUUAAAGCGGAUAAGGUACAACUCUGUAUUUUCAUAGCACAUGUCAUGCAAAUGAUAAAUAUGAAGGAAUGCAUUAUGUCAGGUCUGAUUUCACAGUAGACCAAAAAUGAACAGGAAUUAGCUUAUUUCUAAACACUGUGAAUUUUACCAGAUAUAAUCAACAAUAAUUGUGACUUUUAUGCUUGUAUAACCCAUGAAAUAUAUGUAUAUGUAUAUAUAUAUAUAUAUAUAUAGUGUCCACUUUUAUAAAGUGUUAUAUAAUAAGUAUUUUACUCAGACACGAUUACCUGUGUAAUAACACAGGCAAAUGAGUUUUUAAUGGUGGUGGUAAACGCUCCAAAUAUUAAAUGAAUAGUUUGACAUUUUGGAAAACACGCUCAUUGGCUUUCUUUCCAAGAGUUAGAUGAGAAGACUGAUACCACUGUCAGGUCUGUACAAUAAAUAUUUCGCUACAGUCACAGUUGGUUAGCUUAGCUUGCCAUAAAGACUAGAAACAGGGGAAACAGCUUGCCUGGCUCAGUCUGAAGGUGACGAAAUCCAUCUGCCAGCAUCUCUAAAGAUGACUAAUUAACAUGUUUAAUCUCGUUAGUUUAAUCCGUAUGAAAACCAAAGUGUUAAUGUGACAAUUUGUGGGUUUUGCCAGUUAGCUACAGCCAGCAGCUAACAGGCUCUGGAAAUUACUGUAUAUUCAGCAGCUAACCAGGUGGUGGCUGUAGCUAAUGCUGGCCGCACACUAGAGGAUAACUGGGCAGAUUUUGGGUCCGAUUCGCCCCUCCCGACAAUUGCGGGGCUGUUCCCGAUUUGAGGCUGGUCCAAAUUAUCCUGUAGUUUGAGGGGUUUACAGACAUAAUCUUAAUGUUAUCGACUCCUAAAUAUCAAACUAUAUAUUUGAUAUUUACAACUUGAAAUACUGUAGUAUGAAAGGAACAGCGAUGGAAAAAAUAUGUAUGGUAGUCAAUGGCGAGAGAAAAAUCUAGUGUGCACCAGGCAUAAACGGCAAAAACAAACAAGACGUAUUAGUUAGUGAGCUUUAGAGAUACUGGCAGGCCGAUUUUGUUACAUUCGGACAAAGCCAAGCUACCUGUCUUCCCAUGUUUCCAGUCUUUAUGCUAAGCUAAGCUAACUAGCUGCUGGCUGUAGCUUCAAAUUUAAUGGACAGACCUGAGAAAGGCAUUGAUCUUCUCAUCUAACUCUUGGCAAGAAAGUGAAUAAGGGCAUUUCCCAAAACUAUUCAAACUAUUCUUUUUAUGUGGAAAACAUAUUCAGCUACUAAACAAUUAUUCUGCCUUAUACUAUUUGAUAUGUGAAUACAUGUAAACCUGUGUAUGUUUGAAUGUGUGUUAGCAUGUGUGUGAGUUCUGUGUGUAUAAUUACUUGCACUUCUUUAGUUGGAGUGUUUUGCACACUUGUGUACAGAGGAAAAGGCAAUAUCUGUAGGCAAUAUUAUUUUACCACUAUUCAUUGAAGCGAUUCAUAAUAAUCUGUAAAAACAAAAAUGGAAUUCAUAUGUUUGUUGUCAUUGAUUUGACUUCUAAACCUCAUGUUAAUGCUGCUGGUUAUACCAAUAAAUCAAUUUCCAUCUCCA